AUGCUUUUCCCCACGCUUCCUGAUAUCCUCACUGAAGCAGAUCCAUCUCUGAAAUCUGCCGCACUGAAUGGUUACGAUGCAAUUGAGAACGCCGUCCUCGCAGCUUUGUAUUUCCGUAGGAUGGAAAUCCGAGAAGCUCAGGUCCAAGAAGCCAACAAAGACACUUGUUCUUGGAUAUUUGAGGAUCCGGAGGAGCACCAAAAGCCAUGGAGCAAUUUUGUGCGUUGGUUGAGAGAAGAGACAGGGUGCUACUGGAUCGAAGGCAAGGCCGGCUGCGGGAAAUCAACUCUCAUGAAAUUCCUUCGUUCAGAUGCCAGGACACUAAAUGCACUCAAAGAAUGGACAGGGUCCGACGAACUGAUCACUGCAUCCUACUUCUUUUGGAUGGCCGGUACCGCAUUGCAAAAGAACCAAGAAGGGUUGCUUCGGUCCCUGCUUCACACAAUACUAACGAGGAGACGAGACCUCAUUGCUCGAGUCUUUCCGAGACAGUAUAACGCCAUGAUGACAAACCAUGGUGCUACUGUCCAUGCUUCACAACAUGACAACGAUGAGUGUGGACUUUUGACAGUUUCAGAGUUGAAGAAAGCUUUUACCACACUUGCCAAACAGAAUGUGAAGGGUUUCAAGAUCUGUCUCUUCAUCGAUGGGCUAGACGAAUAUGUUGGAGACCAAUUUGAAAUCGUGGACCUCUUCAAGACGAUAACGACUAAUUCCUUCAUGAUAAAGGCAGUGAUUUCAUCUCGCCCAGAACCAACUUUUGUUGAGGCUUUUCACGAUUCUCCCAGCUUACGAGUUGAAGAUCUUACUUCGGGCGAUAUCGAUCAUUACGUUCAGUCGAAACUACUCGCACAUAGCAAAAUGCAGAAUCAUAGACGACAGGGUUCCGAACUGGGGGCGAAACUCACUCAUAGUAUCGCCUCCAAGGCUUGUGGGGUAUUCUUGUGGGUCUUCCUUGUUGUCCGAUCGCUUCUCGAAUGUCUAUCAGAUGGCAGCUACCCCGAAGACCUUGAAAGAAUAAUCGAAACAUAUCCAGAGGAGCUUCACGAACUCUACCAACACAUGUUCAAACGAAUGAAGCCAUCGCACCGAGAUGAGGCCUUUCGGCUCUUUCAAGCUAUCCACCAUGCU